UAUGGGCUCAGUCCAUUUGUGAGCAAAGCUGCUAAUGGUUAAUGUUAUAAACAUGCUUUUAGGCUUACAGGUAAGUAGAGACAAUAAACCAGUCUAAAUCAAAGGGAAAUUACCAAGAAAUGGCUUAAAUAAAACAAACAAUAUGGGGAAGAUAAUUAAGUUUGCAAACUAUCAAAAACAUUAAUGGUCAAGAGUACUAUUGGUGAUUGUUAAUAAUUAUACAAUUUAUCAUUGAUGUAUUGCUGUUGGGGCAUUUAUAAUUGCAGUCUAUCAAUAGUUAGAUGUGUUGUUACACUUCUAGUUCUGGUUUGUUUUCUAAGCACAAUGCAAGCAUCUAUUUGGAAAAAUAGCCAUUUUUACAGUGUGCAACCAGUAGGCACACCAGUUCAUUUUGUAGUGUAUCUGUGAUAGUACAUCCAUAAUUAAUACGUGUAAAAUACAAAUGUCACACAUCACUCAAAAAAAUUACGUGUUUUACGUGGAUAUGCUAGCUACAUGGAGCACUGACUAACUAUAAUUAAAGGUCAUUUGCCAAAUAGUUGUCCAACUUACCAACUGAUCCAAGUCAUUCUGUAGCACUUCAACAUCUUCAAAAAAGCUAUAUAUCAACAUCAUUAAUUAGUAUAAUAUCAGUAAAAGUAAAGGCCUAAGAAUUGUCCCCUAAUUUUUGGGUACAUUUAAUUAGACUCCAUUAAAAACAAGCUUUUGCUUUCUUUCAUUCAACCACUGAACAAUCCAGUAAACUAAUCUUUCCCUGUCCCUUACCGAUAUGAUAUUCUUAGCUAAUCUUUUGUUUGGAUACUUUAUCAAAAGCAUUUUGAAAAUCUAAGUACCUAAAGCCCACACCAUUUCCAUCGUCCAAGCAACACGUAACAUUAUAAAAAGGACUUAACAGUGAAGGGAAUUGUUAUAUCUGACGAAAAAGUGACAUGAAUUAAGCAAACCCACAUGCAGAUAAGUGGACACGAAGGAUCAGAUAUAAGAAUGGUUCAGGCAACAGAAAACCAGAGACAGACCACUCGUGGAGGCCAGAGAAUCUACAAGAUUGUAGUACUAGGAGAUGGUGGGGUUGGGAAAAGUGCAUUGACACUUCAGUUUGUGACUCACAGUUUUCUAGAGUAUCAUGAUCCUACUAUAGAGGAUGCUUACCAACAUCAAGCUGUCAUUGAUGGGGAAGCUGCUCUGUUAGAUAUACUUGACACAGCUGGACAAAUGGAGUUUACAGCAAUGAGAGAUCAAUACACAAGGUGUGGGGAAGGGUUCAUAAUCUGUUACUCUAUCACAGAUCGUCGUAGCUUUGAAGAAGCGGUGGAGUACAAAAACCAGAUUGAAAGGGUUCGCCACUCAGAAAAUAUCCCUAUUGUAUUAGUGGGCAACAAAUAUGACCUAGAACACCAAAGAAAAGUGGCAACAGAAGAAGGUCAGUCAUUGGCUCGGCAGCUGAGCUGCCCUUUCUAUGAAACUUCAGCAGCAUUGAGACAUUUUGUUGAUGAUGUGUUCCAUGCUCUUGUCAGAGAAAUUCGAAAAAAAGAAAAGGAGCGUCUGCUGGUGGCAGAGAAAGUGAAGAAAAGACGCAGCAUGUGGCGAAGACUGCGAUCUGUUCUGAGGUUUAUAUUCCGAAAACGAAGAUCAUAAGCAUAACCUAUCUGAUCUCAUUUUUAUAGUCAGAAUCCUUAACCACAUGUAUGUAUGUAUAUGUGUGUGUGUGUGUGUGUGUAUAUUUACACAUGCAUGGUUUACAUUAAUCAUUUAUUUACAUUUUUGUUGCAAUUGACCAUAGUUUAUUAGUAAGGUAGUAAUAUUUACAAGGUCUUUAAUGUUGUAUAGCCAUUUAAUGCUCUAUUCAAAAGAAGUAAGUUUUAAAAUCAGGCAUAAAAGUAGUAAUAUUGAUACACGUAUGAGUAUCUCUAUUUUGUAUUUCUUCAAAGUCUACAGGUUUAAUACCUGCAUUUGGUACUGUAAGACUAUGAUGAAAAGUUGUUUUUGAUGGAGACUUUUCUAUCUCAGACCAAAGUAGUGUGUUGUUCAUGAGUUUUGAAUACUGACUUCUUAUAUAAAUGAUUUUUUUGUGUUUUGAAUUAAUUAUUUUAGCAGCUGAUGUAAAUAACAUAUGAUAGCAUGUACAUAACAGUGCAUAAGUUGUAAUGCUAUCUGAAGGAAAAUGUUGAGACAUUAAAACCUGUUAAAGUAAAACCUUUUAAAUGCA